AUGAUAGACCAGCUCGCCACACUCAUCAACUGGGUAAGACAACACGGGGGACACCUCCACCCGGACGUGGGGAUAUACCUUGACCCGGUCACGGGCCUGUCCUUUGGCGUCAAGCCGUCCCGUCGGUCGACGCUACCGGCAUGGGAGACCAUCGUCAGCCUGCCGACGGAGCUAUCGCUGUCGUACCUGGAUGCCGUCGAGGCGGCCGUCGAGGCGCCGUCGCCGUCAUCGCCCAAAGAGACCGACGGUGAUGAAGAGGGGGUUCCGCGACGGCCAGUGCCGCUCAGCCGGGAGAUCGUGUCGCGCGCGAAGCCGCACGUGGUGGGACGCCUCUUCCUGGCCAAGCAGUACCUCGCCGGGCGCUCGUCAUUCUGGUGGCCGUACAUCCAGAGCCUCCCGCAACCGGGGGACGUGGAGCUCUGGAACCUCCCGACCUUCUGGCCAGCCGACGACGCCGAGCUCCUCGAGGGCACCAACGUCGAGAUCGGGCUGGACAAGAUCCGCGCCGACGUGGCGGCCGAGUACUCCGACGCGACCCACCUGCUCGGCACGUACGGGGACGAGAUGGACCGGGCCAUAACCGUCGACCUGUACCGCUGGGCGUACUGCAUCUUCUCCAGCCGCAGCUUCAGGCCUAGCCUGGUCCUCGCCGGGGGGGGACGUCUGCCCGACGGCGUGUCGAUGGACGACUUCUCCGUCCUGCUCCCCCUGUUCGACAUUGGCAACCACGACAUGACGGCCGAGGUCAGGAGGGUAAAUUGCGAGCUGCGCGUGGGCCGCGACUUCGAACCUGGGCACCAGGUCUUCAACAACUACAGCAUCAAGACCAACGCCGAGCUCCUCCUCGGCUACGGCUUCAUGCUCCCCCUCACCGACGACCUGCACAACGACUACAUACACGUGCGCAAGCGGACGACCGAGCCCGCCGCCUCGGAGGAGUACUACAUCUCGCGCCGACCCAUGGCCCACCGCAGCUCCGUGCUCGGCCACCACAGGAGCCAGCUCGACAUCCCCGGUCUGGACCGGUCCGGGACCGGGUCCGGGACCGGGUCCGGGGAGAGAGAGGUCGUCGGCGCUUUCCGCCACGUCCAGCCCGACAUGGUGUGGGACAUCUUCUGCACCCUCCGCUCCACCACGACCAGCGACCCCCCCGCCGACGAGCGCCACCUCCGCGAAUGCCUCUUCUCGGGCCGCCUCGACCCGGACUCCCAGGAGUAUGCGCACAUGGAGCACACCGUGGCUAUCAUACAGCACAAGGUCAUGCAGGAGCUCGAGAGGCUGGACGAGACCGAGGUCGAGGUCGCCGCCGGUGACGAGGAGGCCCUGACGGCAAAUCAGAGGCUGGCUCUGGAUUACAGGGCCAGGUGCCGUGCCGUGCUGGAGAAUACACUCGAGGCCAUGGGUGAUGAGGUAGGUGCGUAA